ACUCUUGGACCAACCAAAUGAAAUCCCCCCAUAAAACACACACACGCCAAAAUAUACAACAACAUCUCUGAUCUGACAUGAUUGCUUUGUGAGAAGCAUUUUAAUUUGUUUCUUAAGAAAAGUUGCUCCAAGAAUGGGAAACCUAUAUGAUAAUAGGCUAACAGUGUCUGUAGAUGAGUUAUAUUUCAAUGCUGAAAACAGUAGCAUCAACAAGAGGGGGAGGAUGGGAAGGAGGAACUAUGAUGCUGAUGACACAGUAGUGUACAAAUCCAAGAACCUUGAGACUGAGAGGAGGAGGAGACAGAAGCUGAGUGACAGGCUCUUGAUGCUGCGCUCCUUAGUCCCCAUCAUCACAAAUGCAACCACCUUAACCCUUCUCUUUUAAUUACCCAAUGCUUUCUUGUAAUUCUCUGCUCAUUAUGAAGCCUGCUUUUGAUUUCUUCAGAUGAACAAAGCAACAAUAAUUGAGGAUGCCAUCACUUACAUUAAGAACCUUAAAGACAAAGUUGACAGUCUCACCCGAGAGCUUCAGGAAAUAGAAGCAACAUCGGAGACAACACUUGUAGAACCAAAGACUAAUGAGACUAACAAUGGUGAAGCCAUGAAAGAAUGGGGGAUAAAGGAAGAGGUGAGAGUGACCAACAUUGAUGGAAAGAAGCUGUGGUUGAAGCUGAUCAUCGAGAAGAAGAAGGGAAGGUUCACACAGUUGAUGGAUGCCAUUCAUUCGUUUGGCAUAGAGCUCAUAGACACAAAUGUUACAACCAUGAAAGGAGCACUUUUGAUCACAGCUUCUAUACAGGGCAUGGAUGGUGAAGCCCUUGUGGUUCAGCAAACCAAAGAGUUGAUGCUAGAUAUUAUCAACUCCACACACACCUAUUGACAUUUUUACUUGUUCAUUUGUUCAUCAAUUCAUGAUAUGAAUUAACUUA